AUGGGUGCGAUGAGGCGGCUUGGCGGAGAACUCGCGAAUGUCGACACGCAUCUUGAGGCCGAGGGCCUUCGGCUCAAGGAGGAGUGGCGUCACCUGAAGGUAGCCAUCAACUUCGGGCGCCUCCAGCAUGAGCAUGCCAAUGUGGAGGCCGAGGCGUCCCUGGCGACCUCGCGAGAAGCUAGUGCCCGAGCCUUGGAGGAGGCCAGGGAGGCCGAUCGUCGCCGCGCGAUCGUAGAGGAGCGCAGGCGAGAGCUCCUAGCCUUGAAUGCCUCCUUGGAGCAACAGGUGGAGGCACGCUGGGCCGCCCUAGCGUCGAUGAAGGAAGCGCCUGCUGAGGAAGAAGAGAUCCGGAAGCGUGAGGAGGCGAUGGUGUCGGAAGCCACGGAGCAAAGCCUUGAGCUCGAGAGGUUGGAGACGCGGGAGCGCCUGGUUGCCCAAGCGAAAGAUGCCGCUAACGCGCGCGAGGCGAGGAUUCAAGAGGGGGCCGACAGCGAGGUGGCAGAGGCUCGCGAGCUUGAGGGAGCUGGAGCCGACGCCCGGAGAUCUGUCUUGAGGUCGAGGUUGGUGGAGAUGGAGCAGCGUGAGAAAGCUACUGCCGCCGCCCUGGUUUUUGUGCAGGCCGAGCUGGCCUCUGCUCGCACUAAAUUGCUCCUCCUCCAGCAGCGGAUUACCGCAGUGAAAGUGCUAGUUAUCGACUAG